CCUGGGGGAGGGUGGACUCCGGCUCCCCUCGGCCUGUAGCCGCCACCCCUCUGUGUCCACAUUUCCUGCCUCUGAAGGAGAAAGGAUACACCUAGCCCUGGGGUUACUGAGAGCCAGAGGGGGUGUAUGUGGGGCACCAGGGAUUUAGAAGGCACUGAACCAGCCAGUUCCUGCUGGAGGCUCCUGGUGCCAUCUGGGGAGAACAUGCCCAGGCCCCCUGACUGCCUGCUGCGGCUGCUCCGGGGGGCUCCCAGCCAGCGGGCCUGCACCCUGCUUAUCAUCAGCUUCAAGUUCACGUUUUUUGUCUCCGUCAUGAUCUACUGGCACAUUGCCGGAGAGCCUAGCGGCCAAAGGGAAUUCCCUAACCUGCCUGCCGACGUCCCCUGCCCCCGGUGGGUGCCCCCCAAGCUGAUCUCCAGUGCCCCGCCUCCGGGCAACAUCUUCUUCCUGGAGACCUCGGACCGUACCAACCCCAACUUCCUGUUCAUGUGUUCCGUGGAGUCGGCGGCCAGGGCGCACCCCGAGGCCCGGGUGGUGGUCCUGAUGAAGGGGCUGUCCGGCGGGAACACCUCCCUGCCCCGGCACCUCGGGCUCUCACUCCUGGGCUGCUUCCCCAACGUCCACCUGCUCCCGCUGGACCUGGAGGCGCUGUUCCGGGACACGCCGCUGGAGGCCUGGUACGCGACCCGCCGCCGCCGCUGGGAGCCCUACCUGCUGCCCGUGCUCUCCGACGCCUCCAGGAUCACGCUCCUGUGGAAGUUCGGGGGCAUCUACCUGGACACAGACUUCAUUGUCCUCAGGAACCUGCAGAAUCUGACCAACUCGCUGGGCGCCCAGUCUUCCGACCUCCUCAACGGGGCCUUCCUGGCCUUCGAGCGCCACCACGAGUUCCUGGCGCUGUGCAUGCGUGACUUCGUGGCCCACUACAAUGGCUGGGUCUGGGGCCACCAGGGCCCGCAGCUGCUCACGCGGGUCUUCAAGAGCUGGUGCUCCGUCCGCAGCCUGGGCGACAGCCAAGGCUGCCGCGGGGUCACCACCCUACCC